AUGAGCCAGAGAGUGAGCGAUCUUGAGAACGCCUGCUGCGCUCUCCGCGAGGACAACUCCAAGCUUAAGGCGAAAGUUUUGGACCUGGAGAACCGAAGCAGACGUCAAAAUAUACGAAUUCUCGGGUUGACGGAAUCUACUGAAGGAGCUCGUCCUACAGACUUUUUCCCACUGUGGCUCCAAGAAGUGUUUGGGAAAGAUAUUCUCCCUUCCCCACCGGAGAUUGACAGGGCGCACCGCACGCUAAACGCUAAACCAGGCCCGGGAGAGCGACCGCGGCCGGUCAUUAUGCGACUGCAUCGAUUCCAAACGAAGGAACUUAUCAUCAGAGAAGCACGCCGUAAAGGGAUGUUUGACUACCGUGGCCAAAGGAUUCGGAUCGUUGAAGACUACAGUGCUGAAGUUGUGUCUCAGCGAGCGCAAUACAGAGACGUAAUGGCGGAACUUUACAAGCAGGGAAUGAAGCCAGCUCUGCUCUUCCCAGCCCGACUCCGCAUCACUCUGCCGAGCGGAAACAAGAAGUGGAUGAGCAGUGUGGAAGAGGCGCAACAGUACAUUGACGACCAGACCCAUCGGAGAAUGAGACAAACAUAA